AUGUGGGUGAUGCGGAUCAAUGACUUCCUGAGCCUACCGAAGCUCCCAAGUCACCUGGAGCUCAAGUCAUCAGGCAUUUUGCACAUCCACGAGGCCCACUUUUUCACCAUUUUCGUGUCUCACCAGUGGUUGAGUCAGAAGCAUCCAGAUCCUUCCGGAGCCAAGAUAUCAGUGCUCAAGGGCUGGCUGCAGAAUCUAAUGGAUCGACAAGCUACGGUAGAAAAGAACUUCUUGCCGCACGUCUUGCCCGGCCAUCGGAAUGGGUACCACAUCUCGAGCAAACGGGUGGCGAACGGCUAUCUUUGGCUGGACUGGUUUUCCUUGCCGUUGUCUUCCCAAUCACCCCACCUGCUUCAUCAGCACCAUCUUGCUGCAGAGUCCAUGGCCGCGUAUGUUCAAAGCAGCGACUUGUUCGUGGCCUUAGUGCCUCCGUUGGAACACCGGGAAACUGGCAAGAUAGCCGCAUUCGCAACCUGGUUGUCUCGUGGAUGGUGCCAGAGUGAAAUGUGGACGCAUGCGCUCUCUAUUAGGGACGUCGUUCCUGCCAUUGCAGUCCACUCCAUGAACAAGGCGGAGUUUAUUGGUGCGAAGGCUUUCGAGCACUCGUUCUCGCUGAACGGGGAAUUUUCCUUUGCCAGCGACCAUGCAAUUUGCCGCGCGUUAGUCACUGAUGCCGUGAAUGCCAAGCUGGCUCACAUGAGGAGUGAAUUGAUGAAUGGCAAGCAAAUUGACGUGGAUCUCUUCCGGUACCUGAGUAGCAGACACCAUGAGAUUGUGGGAUUGCCAGCCGCACCAAGGAGCAUCAAACAGUUCAUGCAUGACUUCUACUUCAAGUCAGCGCUGGCGUUGGAUCAAACCAACGGUAUCGGAGCAGUGGCCUGUGCUGCCUUGUCCGAAGACCUAAGGAUGCUGGGUGAAGUGGUAGAGGCAGAGGCACCACUUGAUUGCCUGGUGAAUCGACAGAUGACCUUCGUCUCGGAUACCUGUCCUCUCCACAUGGUCGCAGAUCGAGGCGCGGAGGGGGAAGCUGUGCUAGUGAAGCUCCUGCAGUUGCGUGCCAAUCCCAAUGCUGCGGAUGGCUAUGAUGGGGCUCCCCCAUUGGCGCGUUGCAAGUCCAGGGGUGGAGUGGAGACGCUCUGCCUCUACGGCGCAGAGGUGAACCGUCGCAGUGCCAAUGGUCUGACACCGCUGACGGCCAUGUGCGGCCUUGGUGCCCCGCCUCGCGCGGUGCAGACGAUGUUGGAUCUGAAGGCAGAAGUCAAUCCGGAUGCUGAGGGUGCUGUUGUGACGCCCUUGGCCUAUCUGGCGAUGUUUUACAGCCAGAAUCCUUGGGGAACAGAAACCCUUCAGUUGCUUCUAAGAGCCAAGGCCGACAUCAAUCAGUGCUGCAAGCCUUUGCCUACGCCGGGAAAACGUUGCCUUGCAGCCUGCACUCGUAGCAAGGUGGUUCGGCAGCCUACACCCUUUGAGCUGUUGGGUCGGCUAGGCACCACCCCACUGGGUGUUGCAAGUCAUUUUGGUCAUGAAGACCUGGUCAAGGAGCUACUGACGAUGAAAGCAGACCCGCAAAUCAGAAACCCGGGUGGACUUCGACCUGAGGAACUUGCGCAGAAUCAGCGAGUGAAGAAUAUUUUUCAAUCUCCUGUUUCCGAUCAGCCUCCAGUUUUGACCUUGCAAUUGCCAGGGUAUGACUAUUUGUACGGCCUUGAUGCCUCAUUUGUUGCUACGCAUUUCACCGAUGAGAUGAUCAGCAUGAAGUUCUAG